UGUUGGUAUUUCUUCAUUUUCAGUGAGGUAGGCUUGGGUAGGCGGCCGCAGGGCCUAGGCCUGGCACUGACUGUAGGCCGGGGCCGGUUGUAGUCGGGUCGGUCCUGUCCUGACCUGAUCUGGGGCCUGCAGUCACAGUCUGUGCCCGCGGCCUGUGGAUGUUUACUCUGACCGUUACCGAGUUUCGUGCCGGAUGACGGACGGAAAGCAGUGAGCCCGGGGCCCCGUGAUUGUCCCGGUCUGUUUGUGCGUUCAUUUUCUUCCUCUGGCCAUUUUUUUUGCGUCACAGUUUCCCGGUGCAGACCCCAGCAGCUCGAUCUUCAGUGAUCCUACUGCUGCCCAAAUGGAUAGACGUAGGGGAGCAACUCAACCAGCUGGCCAGGAUGGACCAGGGACAUUAAAGCCUGGGGACAAAUUUAAAAUUCCAAAGAAGAAAAAGGUCACUGAGAUGGACAAUGUGGAGACUCAGUCUCCUCUAUCCCGACUUACUGAUUCAAGAAUUGAAAAUUUGAAACCAUCGCAUAAGCGCUGGCCAUUCUCUUAUAAUACUUUCAAUAAGACAAGAAAUCGAGACUCGAUUGCUUAUAGUCAACGGAGGAAAUGCGGUUCAAAGCACAACUUUCAAGGAGAUGAUGUUCAACUGAAGGAAGCCAGAAUUGUACUCAGAGAUGUGCUGAUGACAGAUUCAGGAAGACAACAUUUGCUGCACCUAAAAAAGCAAGACUAUAGUAAUGUCGAAAGUACUGACACUUCAAAUGCAAAAAAAAAUUACACAUCAACCAGUGAACUAAAAGAUAAUUGUCACGUGGAAACCAAAACAUCUCACCAAGAUAGUCAUACGAACAUUUUAUCCAGCAGGUGGGUUCUUGAGCUAUGCUUCAACCAGCUGCUGCAUGCACGAAUGCAUCAGUUUUGUUUCUUUCUUUGUGAAGUCUGUAAAGACAUCACCUUGUGCACUAUUGAGUUUCCUGUGGAUUAUUCUUUGUUUAAUCUUAAAGUUUCUCUGUAUUGAAUUGCGAUCCUCUACAUUUGUCUUCAAUGCACUUAGAAUAGGUGCAUUGUCCCCUGGAAAUCACCUAGGAUGAUGCCAAGGAGAUUAACUCCUUUUUGAAGUGAUUUGAUCUUCACCAGUUUCAUAACUUCAUAAAAACAGUGAUACUCAAAUUUUUUCCAGCCAUGUGGUCAUCGGAAUUUUU